AUGUCUCUUUUUAAUAACUUAAAAUCAAUCAGUUCAUUUUCCAACUCAAUCGAUAAAAUAAAUACUACAAAUAAAAUGAAUAAUAAUUAUUCACCAAAUACAAAUAGUACUUUUAUAGUAAGAGAUAAAUAUGAAUCAAAACAAGAUUUUAAUGACCGUGUCCUUUAUGAUAGUUUAUAUCCAUAUUAUUAA